UGAAGCCAUUGUCAGUCAGGGAUGCCGUGUUUCUGAAUCUGAACAAAUCCGGCUUAGCUAGGCUUGUUUUCCUGCUCCAUUGCCAAGUUGAGCGAGCCAUUCCUUCUCGAGAUGGAAAGAGACCCGAACAGGGCUGCCUGGGAACGCGGUGAAAUCCGAGGCUGACAUGAUGUUUCGGCUUGACCGGGCAAAUUCAUCGAGCAAUGGAUUUUUCAGGCGCUGCUGAGGUCGCGGCCUCCAUGACAGAAGGGGAACUAACCACGUCGGGGAUUUUGAUGCUGUUGUUGUCAAUGGAGAAGGGUGCUGCUGGCUUCUUCCCUGGGGAUCGCGCUGUCUUGGGAUCCCAGCUCCCGAAUAGCCGUGUUCUCUCCACUUCUUCGUCCGAAACACCAAGAUCGAUCAAGCUAAAGGCUCUCCACAAGUGGGUAACCACUCGCUCGUCGAUACUGCAUUUCCAGUCCGUAUCAGGGCAUGGGAGCGAACAGACGCCGCCAGGGGAUCGUUCCGUCAUGUCGGAUAUCGAUCGAAAUUCCGGGGAAGUUCACUGGCGUCAUGCUCGCUUUGUCGGGACCGAGCAGGCAAGAACCUUUCCUCGAGCCCCCUCGCUGCCCCUGGAAAUCUCAAAAGAAACUGUUCUGUUCGGACUGGUUUCUCGGGCAGUGGCGCGCCGAGGUCGCGUCGGGAUCCCUGACCGUCUGUCAGCCGAGAGGAUUGUCGAGCGGUGCUCUAAUAUUGAUCUGUUCCACGGCGUCGAGCUGAAGGGGAGGGUUCCCGAGCGGAGAGUCAAACACAGCAUCUGGCUUUUGUUCUGCAGGAUCCCGAACACGCCGGCUGGUCGCAUUAACUGCCCGAUUUCUGGGGAUCGAAUGUGCAUUGCCACCCAGGGAGCUUUUUAUCGGACAACCACCCAUACGCAAAUAGCCGGACUCGCGAUGGCUUCACGGAGUUUCGACUUCUUUCCCCGGACCCCCGGGAGCGUUCGUGAUACCUCGUACAAGUACGUCGACGGCAACGACGGGGUUCAGAUCAGUCGACCUACCCGCAACGCUAGCGAGCCCGCUCGGGACCAUCACCAACGGUCAGGGGUUCAGACUGUUCCGGUCAUUCUCAUUGAAGGAGACUUGGCUAGCAAUUAUGAUAUCAACAUGGCUGAGCUCCGCUGAACUGUCCAAGUUGGCGACACGGGACAGGGUGGCUCGAGCAACAAGUUGCAAUGCUUAGAUCACGCGGCUACCCGGCUGCUGCUUGCUUGACCACAGUACGAUGGGUUGGUUGAGUUUGCCGGCCUUGGUUCAGGACCUCGAGAGUUUGAUCGUAGCGAACUGCUGCAGGGGACGCGGCUCUUCAGGUUUGGGUGGUGCCUCUGCGUGCAUCCUGAGCUUGCGCCAUGCUCUGUUAGGACUGGGCGGUUUCUGGGCA